CACACACACGUAUAUACACUGAAUAAAAAAACAAUGAAAGCAUAGACGCACACAUACACGCUCUGACUACGCCAAGUCUCCAUUAUGCAUUCCCCAUGUCCCUGCCAGAGCCGUGUCUACAAAGUGUUGCGUGUUCCAAGAAAAUCAACUCUCCCUGUGUUAAGUCCAUGUUUUUUUUUUCCAAUACCACUGAAAAGGACAACAUUCAGAUCUAGUGGACCUGGCGGAUAAAUACGUAAGUGAAAUAAUCUUUGACAAGUUUUAUGAAUACAUUAUUCUGACUGGACAACAGCUAAUACUACAAAAAAUGAAUGAAGAAACAGGAGAAGAGCUGCGCAAUAAAACAGAAAUAACAUCAGAUGACGAAGAAAUAACUGAUAAUCCUCCAGAUGAAAAGACAAACACCAAAAGAAGCAACCAUCCUUCAGGAGACUCAACAGAAGUGUCGUCUGAAACUAAAACACAAGAUGAAAACACAACCAAACUAGACAAUAUCAACAAUACAGAACAGGAGGAUUCAGAAAAACAACACAAGAAAAUUAAAGGCAAGAAAGAUAAUGAUCCAGAGGAAAAGCACGAAAAAAGCAAGAGACAUAAAGAUCCAGAGAAAGCAACUCAUGAAGAAAGCGCCCAAAAAGAUGAUACGCCAGAGAAUGAUCAGGUCCAUACGUUUAACCUCAUCAACCCCGACCAGCUUUCCGAGCAACUCAAAGUUGCUAAUCUCGACGACGAACAGACAGAGGAGCUCCUUCAAAAUGCAAAGAAACUUAACGCCAAACUCAGGAAAAUCUUACGCCAACAGCAGCUGGGCGAUGAGCAUUCCCCACCGAGCAGAAAAUCCGGCUCCAUAUCGAGGCGGCGUCAUCCAAACGGAGCCAGAGCUUCAGCAUCCAGCAUGCCUACUGCAGGUGGUCGAGCGACGUCUCCCAAGCGAGAGCGCGGUUCCGCUGAGAAAAGUAAAUCAUCAACCAGCACAUUACCGCCAAUACACGCCAAGUCUGGCCAGGCCAGAGUCAAAAGCGCCAAGUCCUCAACUGGUUCUGCUAAAAGUCGAACUGGAUCUCGGCGCAGUGCUAGACCUGAAUGGAACGAUCGUUUUAUGUUUACAUAACUAUAUGCUGUUGAGGAUUUAGUGUAAAUAGUUGAGCCCACAUAGACAAAGUACAGCCUUGGUUCACAAUUUAUAUAUAUAUAUAUAUAUAUAUAUUUAGAACAGCAGGACAUUUCCCAGUCUACGCUCUGUGUAUACAAAGUGUAACUAGAUACAUCUUCUUCCCACUCUUAACAAGCACACUUAUGGAUCUAGAUCUACUUCAACAUUGACGUAUCCAGCAUUCAGUGUUGUGUGCUGCUAUGGUAGACACUUUCUAGAACGUAGCAUGUGGGCCCUAAAUUAAUUACUGACAGGGAUUUUAGCUCAAAGAUUUAUGAUGCUUCCCCCCCCCCCCCUCAAUCUCCAGAAGUUUCUUCUUCUUUUUGGCAUAUUUGUAGCUGUGAAAGUGUGUCCAUGUUAAGUUUAUGUUCGCCACACUGACAAGUUGAGGACACUUCUAGACGUUCAUGGACAUCAAGGCUCCACGCUCCAACUCUCAAGAAUAGCGUGGAUCUAUAUCUCAUGCUAAAGAAUCUACACAAAUACACAGAUCUAUAGUUUAAUGUGACUUCUGUUUGAUGUGAUCAAUAAAGUUUUUGUUUUAUAUCUCUGCAA